CAAGAUUUGAGCUGGAUGAAGAGUUUCAAAAGGUUGCUGUGCUAAAGCAAAUGGGAAAUUUGUGGAGAUCAUACAAAUCCCGCAUAGUGAGGGACAUUAAUGGGGCUACUAAUAACCAACAGAGGAUGAAUCUGAGACCAAAUAAUAUUAAUCCAGCUGAUUGGCGGAAAUUUGUGAAAAUCAAAACAAGUGCAAGCUUUAAGGUUGUGAGUGAUAAAUAUAAAGAAAGGAGAAGGAAACAGAUUCCUCACACUACUAGUCGUAAAGGAAUGGUCAGACUAGCAGAGGAUAUGAAAAUUGAAAGUGGAGAUCCAUCAGAAGUGACUAGGCUGAAGGUGUGGGUCAAGUCGCGUACCAAAAAAGAUGGUACGCCAGUGAAUACGAAUGCAGCUGAGAAGAUUAAAAAGGCAGCUGAGCUGGUUGGUAGUGAUGCUCCAACAUUGACAACAAAUCCAGAAGAAGAUCACCUCUCCCAACUUCUAGGACCUGACAAUCCUGGUCGGCUCAGGGCAAUGGGUAGAGGCAUGAGUAAGACAAAAUUAGCUUGUUUCCAAAUAAAGACCAAAUGUAUGACUGACAUGCAAGAGAAGCAAGUUCAAUUGGUUAAGAAGGUCAAUGAAUUACAAGAGGAAUUACUGAAAAUCAAGAAUCAGGUUAGAUACUUUAUUAGUUCUCAAAUUAUACAUUUAGUUGCUGAGUUAUUACAUAGAUUUUGACUAGUUUUAAAUAUUACAGAGACAAGAAGCUGAAAUAGGUGAAAACUCAGCUGCUAGAGUAAGUUAGAUCACAUCAAUGUCUGAUAUCAGUGAUUCCUUAUUUUUAUUUUAUAAUUGACAUUUUUCAAAUCAAUAUUUUGUAGAGUGUGAACAAAAGAGCACUCCCAAAGUGUGUGUUGUAUGAUUGGUCUGAUUCUGAUGAAAACAUUGCUGAGGGGCGAAUUCUUUCUUCUGAUCCUGAUGACUUGGUGAAUAACUGUCGCCUAGGCCCUACAGAUCUUAAAGUGUUGGUAGAAACUGCUACCAAACCAGAUGCAUUCCUUUGGAGACCAGCAAGUAACAUGUUCACGGUUGAGGAAGCUGUUGGACAAAUAAUUGCUUGGCCAGCCUCUAAGUGUGUUCUAGUUGACAAGGACAUCCAAAUAGAAGAUAUUGCGCCUCUGGGUCUUAGAACAAAUUCUCUGAACAAAUGCAAACUACUAGAUUUGUCUAGCGAUGAAGUGAUUGUUGCUGAAGGUCGUUGGCAGACACAAGAACCAAGCGCAUUGGUUAAUGGACUCCCUCUCGGACCAAAGGCAGUUAAAGUAUUUGUGGAUCAAGUCCAUCAGCCUGAAACUUUUAUAUGGAGGCCUACCAUGGAAAUGACAUACCUUGAGGACUGUGUUAUGGCUUUUGUAUCUUGGCCUGUCAGUAAAGUUGUUUUUGAAAAUUCAACAACAGGUCACAAAUCUCCUCUUCAGAAUUCUGCAGCAACUGUAUCAGGUUCUAAAUCUGUACCAGGUGCAAAAUCUGCAACAUCAGGCCCUAAAUCUACAACAGGUACAGGUUCUGAAUCUCCUAUUGAGGAUGCAACAGGUACAAGCUCUCCAAUGAAGAAAACUCUUCCAGAUUCACAGUCUCCUCUUCGAAAAUCUCAGCGUAUUAGUAAUCAAGUUGUUUCAAAGGAGAAUAAGAAGUGCAAGCUGAUGGAUAUUACCGGAAGGAAGCGGGUAGUUGCUGAAGGACGAUGGGUUUCAAAUGACCCAGAUAUGAAGGUCCAUUUUGUUCCCUUGGGUUCUAAUGGAGUUAAGGUGUGGGUAGAUAUCGUGAAGGUAAGUGAUGCAGCAGUUUGGAGGCCAUCUGAUGAAAUUGUGACUUUGGAAGACGCAUUUGGCACAACUCUUGCAUGGCCAGAUGACAAGGUGAUCAUGUGUUAAACUUCUGCUUGGACAUGAGACUUGGUUUAAUUUAGUAUUCUGUGUUUAGUAUUCAAUGCUGCUUUUGGUACAACUACUCCUUGGACAUGAGACUUUUUUUUUGUAUUCUGUGUUUGGGCUUCUGUAAUAUAUGGAUGUUGGAUUGUUAUCAAUGGGGAUUGUCAGUACUUUUAUAAAA